AUGACUGCUCAAGAACAAGUUCCUGAAUCACCAGUGAAGCCUCAACAGGUACCCACCGAGACCGAGACUAAACGCGAAGCCAAACACGAUAUCAAAAAGGAUGACGCCAGUACCUCAUCGUCAGUCGAUCUAGAAAAAAGUGCGAUGCCUACAGCAGACGAAACUGCGACCACACAACAAACCGUUUUUCUUUCGCUUCGUCAAAAAGUUCCUUUGGUAUUGGGAUUAUGUCUCGCGAUUUUCCUAUGCGGUCUCGAUAACACAAUCUCGGCUACGGCGAUGCCGGCUAUAGCAGCACAAUUUAACUCGCUAGCAGAUAUUACUUAUAUUGCGACUGCGUUUAUUUUGACGUUUAAUUCGUUUAUUCCUCUUAAUGGAAAGUUGUGCGAUGUCUUUGGACGGAGAGCAGUAAUGCUUGGAGGAAUAUCAAUAUUUUUAGUUGGAAGCGCUUUAUGCGGAGCAGCCAAAACUAUGAUCAUGUUGAUUGUGUGUAGAGCUGUGCAGGGAACUGGAGCAAGUGCAAUAUUCGUAUGUACUAUGAUAGUGUUUACUGACAUUAGUUCCUUGGAAGACCGAGCCAAAUAUCAAGGUAUCAUCGCGCUCGUUUUCUCGUUCGCAAGUGUAGUUGGACCACUAAUUGGUGGAUUGUUUGUGGAUCAUGUGACAUGGAGAUGGGGAUUCUACAUCAAUCUUCCGAUUGGUGCAAUCUCCCUCAUCAUCUCUAUAAUUCUCUUGAAAAUCCCCACACCUAAAGGCUCCAUGAAAUCCAAACUCGCCCGCAUUGACUAUAUCGGCACGUUUCUCAUUGUUUCCGCAACGACUCUGUUCCUUCUCGGCAUAACCUGGGCAGGAUCUAAAUACGCUUGGCGCAGUGCACCGACCAUUCUUCUCUUUAUAAUCGCCGGAUUGCUCUACAUAGCGCUCGGUCUCUAUGAAGUCUUUUACGCGGUCGAACCGAUCGUACCACCACAUCUAUUCAAAAUCCGCACCGCCAUUGCAGUAUACAUUGGUGCCGCUCUCUUCCUAUCAGGAUUCUUUUCGCUCAUGUAUUUUCUCCCUAUAUUCUGGCAAGUUGCUAAACAUACUUCAGCAACCGUAUCUGGCUUGAGACUACUCCCGAUGCCGGUGGGAUUGGUCGUUUCAUCCUCGUUGGCAACGGUGGCAAUUAUGAAAUUGGGUAGAGUGAAGGAACUUCUUAUGCUUGCGUGUUGUCUGGGGUCAGUAGGGAUUGGACUAGUGAGCUUGUUUAAAGUGGACGAUUCGAUAGUAAUGGAGAUUGGAGUGUUGUUUAUCUUUGGAUUGGGACUUGGGUUGUGUUGGUCACUUUCUGUGGUUGCUGUGCAAGCUGCGGUUGAGCUUAAAGAUCUUGCCACGGCAACCUCAAACGUGAAUUUCUUCCAAAUGUUUGGUGGCGCGGUUGGUGUAGCUAUUUCUGCUACUGUCUUCAACAACAGUCUUGGUUCACGACUCGUAGGCAUUCUUCCUCCUGAUCAAAUACCGAUUGCUCAAAGUUCCAUUUCAUUUGUCAAUUCCCUUGAGGCAUCAAUCAACGAACAGGUUAUCAACGCCUAUGUGGAGGCACUGAGGGUGGUUUGGUAUGUGCAAAGCGGAAUAAUGGUAUUGGCCUUUGUGUCGUACGCAUUUGUAAAGCACUAUCCAGUAAGAGUAGAGGAUUUGAAGAACGCCGGUGGGGCUAUGUGA